CUCCCACUAGUGCCCGAAAUGUUUGGCCAAUUAAAGGCAAAACCCCUUCUGUUGUGGCUACCUGGGAUGCCCUUGCAGAAAGUGAAGGAAGAGUGAAAGAAUACAUUCUCUCAUACGCCCCGGCACUCAAACCCUUCGGUGCAAAGUCCAUUUCUUACCCGGGAGGCACUACAUCUGCUACAGUGGAGGGUCUGCAGCCUGGGGAGCGCUAUGUUUUCAAAAUUCGUGCCGCAAACAGGAGAGGCCAAGGCCCUCAGUCGAAAGCCUUCAGUGUCGCCUUGCCAGCGACCAAUACAGAUCAUCGGAAGAUAAAUCAACAAACAAAUACUGAAGAAGAUUUGGAACCUAAAAUGUCUGUGAAAAUUAUGCCUUCUUCCCCUUUCAUAACUUCUUCUGCCUUGUCUCAAAAUAUUUCACCAUCCUCUUCUUCUAAGCAUUUUUCUAGUCAUCCAGUUAGUUCUCCUGAUGAAAUAGAUUCAAAAAAUCCAGUUUCUGAUCUCAAGAAUAAAGUCCUAGCUGGUAAUAGAAUAUUUCCCAAAACUUCUUUAUCUUCAAAAAAAGAAGCAGAGCUGAAAAUGGCUUCUCAUUCUACAGAAGACAUGGUUGAUUCUCUCAAAGAGACAUCAACAAUGCAACCCAAAGUUCAGAAUGUUAAAGGAAGUGUUAAGUCCUAUUCUGUUAUUAAAUCUGCACACACUUUCACAUCCUCAGGUAAAGCGCCUCUUAGGACACGAACUCCAGUAAGGGUAGGGCAAACAAAUACUGAUACUGAUAAGCAUAAAUCAUUACCAUCCUCUUCCUCACUAUCUUCCCUUCCCAAAUAUGCAGAGGAUGAAACAAAGAAUCUAAGACAGGACAGACCUAACCUUUCUCCUGUUCCCAAAGCUACUUUAGAUAAUUUGCCUGUUGAUAAUGAAAGUAACAAUCAAGUAGACAAUCUGGAGGACAAGCCAACAAUGUUUCCUAGAACUUCAGAAGAGAGUCAUUCAGUUUUACUUUCAAAUAAGCAACUGUCUGCAUCUCAGAAGACAACUCAUAGUAGAUCCACCAAAUUACGUGUCCCUUCUAUAUCAAUUAAAUCUCCUUUACCAACUGCAGCUAUAAACUCUCAGAAUCAUUCACAUCACCUCCCUUACAAACUAAUUACACCUGAUACCACUGAUACUCUUGAUAGUGAUAAGGGCAGAGGAACAGAAAAAAGAGAGCAGAAACUAAGUUCCAGGGCUGCUUCUCUUCAAGGAGGUUCAUCUCCAUCUGUGCAAAUAAAGCCUCUCACAUAUUCUAAUCGCCAUGCAUUGAGAGAUCCAAGAAUAACUACCUCUGCUGUUUCUGCUGCUGCUACCCAUACUUUACCUCAUUCACAUGUUUUAUCUUCUAAUAAAGAGAAGUCCAAGGGAAGAGAUAAUUCUGAUGAUAGUGAAAAUGAAAAGAGUGAAAGAGAAGGUGAUGAAGAGGACAAACAAGGCUCAUCCUCUUCUAGACCAAAUUUUAGGCCCUCUUCAGGCGUGGCGAUGUCAGAACGCUUUGAUUUGUUAAAGUAUAGAUCAGUUAUUACUUCAAACAGAUUUGCAAACAGAGUGACCAAUAAUCAUGAUGCAAGAAAGCAACCAUCUAAAGAUCCUUCCACUACACAGCCUUCCAAAGUUCAUCCUCAAUUUAGUUCCCAUUUAGCAUCCGCCAGUACUAGUCUUAGAUCUAAUUUCAAUAUUGAUAAAAAACAGGAGGGUAAAAAUGAAAAUCCUCUACCAUCUACUCCUCCCCAUAGUUAUUCACCACCAUUUCCUAAGCAGCCUUCUUCAGUAGAUGAUUUCAAAAGGAGGAGCCCUAUGGCUGAAACUAAGAGUCACCACAGAGUUACACCCACUAACAAACCUAAUCUCGCAAAUACACAAGAAAAGAACCAUAAUAAAGAAAGAGAAACCACUGAUACAGAUUCCUCAAGAAUAUCUGCAGAAAAAUCACUUCCUCUACAUUCUUCUGCUUCCUGGUCUCAACUUCAUGAUCUCAAAAUUAAGACUACAUCUCCUAGGACAAAGCAAACAUCAUCUUUGUCAAAGAAAUCAAAUACUGCUUUAUCCCGCAAAAUUGUAAAGCCAGAAUCCAGCCGUUUCUCAAAAGCAUUGACUGAUAGGGCACAACUUCGACCCUCCUUAAACUCGAGAAAUGAUCUGAUCUCCCUACCAAAGAAUGACAAAGAAGUCAUUGAUAAUGAUAGUUCAGAAAACAAAGAAACAAAUGAUAAAGAGGAACAGAGAGGGUCUCCUUCAGCACCUGCUAAAGAAGUUCCCAUAACUAGAAGAAUAUCUACAUCUUUGUCUCAGGGAAGAACCAGCUCUCUUUCAAAGCAUUCUGAUUCUCAGUUUGAUAAAACUGAUGAAAGAUCUCCAACUCAGCUGUUACCAGGAAAACAAGCUGGGUCAAAGGUUAUUACUUCUACUGAAGUUACCUCUGAUAUGUAUAAAUUGCCUUCAUCUUCCCACAAAUCUAAAUAUGUACAACCAAUAUCUACCUCUCCAAAAGACACAAUCAAAGACUAUCAAUACAGCAGAGAAACUUCUCUGAAGCAAACUCACCAUUCAGUGCCCCAUUAUCCAUCUGCUUCCAGAAUUCCCAGUAGGAUAGCAUCCCAAAUAAACAAAAAGCAUGAACUUUUCCAACCAGCCCCUACAAAGGUUGAACUAUCUCCAAAACUGCCUUCCUCUAAAAUACAUCAGUCAGUUUCAAAUAGUGAUGAUGAUUAUGAAGAUUACGACCAAUCAGAUGUAGAGAAAGAUCGUACUUUGUCUUCAGCAGCCAAGACUUCCCAAAUUCCUAACAAACUGAAAUCCUUGCCUAAACUAAACUUGGCUUCACCACACACCUCUGAAUCUGCUUCUGUAUCUUCUCAUAGUCACUUGACUACUGUUUCUCCAACAUAUUCCUCAACUUCUCCCUCAGUGUAUCCUAUUCAACGAAUACAGAAUUCAAGAUUAUUAAAUCCUUCUCAACGACAGCAACUUCGAUUUCCUCAUAGACAAGGUAAUGGUGGCAGACCCAAUCUGACAACAAAAUCAGAUCCAAAUAAUAAAAUAGCUUCCAAUAAAAAUGGAAAACGACAUGGACAAAAAAUAAUAAAUGGUCCACAAGGAAUAAAGUGGAUUGUAGAUCUCAACCGAGGGCUGGUCCUGAAUGCUGAAGGCAGAUAUCUCCAAGAUUCCCAAGGAAAGCCUCUCAGAAUAAAAUUAGGUGGAGAUGGCCGCACUAUCGUUGAUUCUAAAGGAGCUCCAGUAGUAAGUCCAGAUGGUUUACCUUUGUUUGGACAUGGAAGAUUUAGCAAGCCUGUAGCAAAUGCACAGGAUAAACCAAUAAUAAGUCUUGGAGGUAAGCCAUUGAUAGGCCUUGAAAUGGUUAAAAAAACAACCACUCCUUCUACAACAACAACAACAACUACAACUACUACAACUACUCCUGAACCUACAACUACUCCUGAACCUACAACUACUGAGCCACCAACAGAGAAACCAUUGGCUACCUGUCCUCCAGGCACCUACACAGAGAAUGAUGAAGAAGGGAAUCUUGUAUUAGGCCUGGAUGGUCUACCUGAAUGCCAUUCUGAAGAUACAUUCUCAGGGCUUGAUGCAGAUAUAACGGGAACUACAGAAUCAUAUGUGGUUUAUGAUGAAGAUUAUGAAUUUUUUGAAACUACUUUGCCUCCAUCUACCACAACCACUACUACCACCGCCGCCACCACCACCACCACCACCACCGCUACCACCACCACGACUGAAGCACUGCCUGAAAUCGCCUUUCCAGAGUUCAGUGUCACAGGCACAGAUCCUUUAUCAGAAUAUGAUUCUGCUGGAAAGAAACGAUUUACUG